AUGAAAGAACAAUUUAAAGAGACGAUGUCUAGGCUAACAAUGCAGGCGAUGAUAAUGACAACUUCGGGUAUGAAAGGUGUUACUUUGGGGAGUGUUACUUCAUUUUCUAUAAAUCCAAGACCAAUGAUUCAAUUUAAUUUACAGGUACCUAGUUUCACUUCACGGGAAAUACAUACAACAAAGAAAUUUGCCCUUCAUUUGUUAUCACCUAGGGAUGAAUGCGUUAAUUUGGCUAGAUUAUUUAGUAAAGGUGCAAUUAAGGGUACAAAUAAUGUUUUUGUAUCGGCGAAACCUUUCAUAGCGCUUGAGAAAGGCAAAGACUAUAGUAUCCAUGAUGUCGCGGCCUCAGACGGCCAGAUUAGUACGACCCUGAUUGGUAAUUCUUUUAAAGGUAAAGAAAUGCAUUAUAAUAGCGGUUGCGAAGAUGUAAAUAAAUCGCGCCGUAUUCAGAUUCCUGUUUUGAAGCUUGCAGAGCGUGUAUUGAUUUGUGAGGGUAUUCAUUGUAUUCAAGUAUGUGAUCAUGAAAUAUGGAUUGGUCAGGUAGAGCAAAUUCUCAAUCCUAAUGAUGGUUCAGUGAUUGGAAAUUACCAGGAUGAAAUUACUGGAGGGUUACUUUAUUGUAAUAAACAGUUUCGAAAAUUAGGGCAAGUAAUUGGGUAA